AUGCUCGGCGGGCUACUGUUCUGUUUCUGGAGAUUCGUGGAGAUUGUCACAUUAAUUCCUGUCAUUGGCAUGCUGGCAUGGUUUGUCAAUGGCUUCAAUGACAACAACCAACUCACUCCCUCCUUCAUCCUGACCUUGUUCAUUGUCUCCAUCCUCGCCUGCGCUUGGGCCCUGGUGACCCUCCUCCGUCUCGGCUCGACCCGCCGAUCUGCCAUCUUCGUCGCAUUCGUCGAUCUCCUCUUCGUGGGCGCCUUCAUUGCCGCCGAUGUCGAACUCCGAGGCAUCGACGAUGCCAAUUGCUCCAACUUCACCUUCGGAUCCAUCUUCAUCAAUCUCGGUCCCUUUGGCUAUUACGGUCUAAACAGCGGCUCGCAUUGGGCGCUACAUCUCAACAAGAACUGUGCAUUGCUGAAGGCUUCCUGGGCCUUGGGGAUAAUGAACACCAUCCUCUUCUUCUUCACCUUCAUUCUGGCUCUCUUCCUCCACCGGCAUGAGAGGGUGGUUGUUACCAAGGAGGUCAGGAGGUCGCGACACAGCAGCCGACGAGGUCACUCUCGUUCUGGAUCGAGGAGGAGCAGCAGCCGCCACCGAUACGUCGUUUAA